AUGUCUCUAUGGGUACAACGAACGUCGACAGGUGGUGGAACUCUUGUUCAUUAUUCAACACAAACAAAUGGACAAGGAUGGUGUACUGUCCCAAUUGGACUUUCAUCUGCUGGUAAUAUAAUUGCUACUGUUUGGACGCCAGACAAUCAGGUAACAGGUCCUGUUCUACCGGCCAACACGUGGGCGUAUAUUGCCACUACCUAUUCACAAAUACAUGGGCUUACAUUGUAUGUUAAUGGAGUAUCUGUUGGUAGUACAGCUGCACAGAACAAUGCUGCACCAAGUGCAGUGGUUACUCUGACAUUGGGUAACUCACUAAGUGGUGGUGAAUGCAAUUCACAGUCAAUUGCAACAGGCACAUUUUCUGGCUAUUUAGAUGAGUUUCGUGUCUACUCACGUGAACUUGGUGCCACAGAGGUCUAUGCACUCAGUAAAGAUAAAACCUGCAGUGACGGAAUUAUGAAUGGCGAUGAAACGGACAUCGAUUGUGGAGGUUCAUGUCCAGUAUGCAAUGUAUACCAGGUGUGUAAAGUCGAUUUGGAUUGUAUCACUUGCAAUAAUAGUAUUGCGUGCUUGAACGGCUUUUGUGAACGUAAGUAUUCCUGUAUAUAGUGAGGUGCGGCAGAUUAGUUUUGUUCAGAUGAAUAUGCAUCUUCUUGAGUUGGCGUGUCCUUGGCGUUCUACGAUUUCUGGUAUGUUUGAAGAGUAUCGUU